GCGGAACCUUUCUGAAGCGCCUCCGGUAAACAAGCGCAGCGGGGACACUUUAGGACAACGCACGCCAGUCUCCGCGUGCUGUCUGCUUGGAGCAGCGCGGGCGGAUGUGAACAUUCUGUCGACUCCUUCCUUUACCGUGAGUGGAAUGGACGUGCUAGCGGAGGAGUUCGGGAGCCUGACCCCGGAGCAGCUGGCUGCGCCGAUCCCGACCGUAGAGGAAAAAUGGAGGCUGCUGCCAGCAUUUUUAAAGGUGAAAGGCCUUGUGAAACAGCACAUAGACUCCUUUAACUAUUUCAUUAAUGUAGAGAUUAAGAAGAUAAUGAAAGCCAAUGAAAAGGUUACAAGCGACGCUGACCCCAUGUGGUACCUAAAAUAUCUUAAUAUCUAUGUUGGACUUCCUGAUGUUGAAGAAAGCUUCAAUGUAACGAGACCAGUGUCCCCCCAUGAGUGCCGUUUGAGGGACAUGACGUACUCUGCCCCCAUCACAGUGGACAUUGAGUAUACCCGAGGCAGCCAGAGGAUAAUCCGCAACGCCUUACCCAUUGGCAGAAUGCCCAUCAUGCUACGAAGUUCAAACUGUGUGCUGACGGGGAAAACUCCAGCAGAGUUUGCCAAGUUGAACGAAUGUCCAUUGGACCCAGGCGGCUACUUCAUUGUUAAAGGAGUCGAAAAAGUCAUUCUUAUCCAAGAGCAGCUGUCCAAGAACAGGAUCAUCGUGGAGGCGGACAGGAAAGGGGCCGUUGGAGCUUCGGUUACCAGCUCCACCCACGAGAAAAAAAGCAGAACCAACAUGGCUGUGAAGCAAGGACGGUUUUAUCUGAGGCACAACACUUUGUCUGAAGAUAUACCCAUUGUCAUCAUAUUUAAGGCCAUGGGUGUUGAGAGUGACCAGGAAAUUGUGCAGAUGAUUGGAACAGAGGAGCACGUGAUGGCUGCGUUUGGGCCCAGCUUGGAGGAGUGCCAGAAAGCUCAGAUUUUCACACAGAUGCAGGCGUUAAAAUAUAUAGGGAAUAAAGUAAGAAGACAAAGAAUGUGGGGAGGUGGACCAAAGAAAACAAAAAUAGAAGAAGCAAGAGAACUCCUGGCUUCUACCAUUCUGACCCAUGUACCUGUUAAGGAAUUCAAUUUCCGAGCUAAGUGCAUCUACACCGCAGUGAUGGUGCGGAGAGUGAUUCUGGCCCAAGGAGAUAACAAAGUCGAUGACCGGGACUAUUAUGGUAACAAGCGUCUGGAAUUGGCGGGACAGCUCUUAGCUCUUCUUUUUGAAGAUUUGUUCAAAAAAUUUAAUUCAGAAAUGAAGAAGAUUGCAGACCAGGUGAUUCCUAAGCAAAGAGCAGCCCAGUUUGAUGUCGUGAAGCACAUGCGUCAGGACCAGAUCACCAACGGCAUGGUGAACGCCAUCUCCACUGGGAAUUGGUCUCUAAAGCGAUUUAAAAUGGACCGCCAGGGUGUGACCCAGGUGCUGUCUCGGUUGUCAUAUAUUUCUGCACUCGGCAUGAUGACAAGAAUCUCUUCCCAGUUUGAAAAAACAAGGAAAGUGAGUGGUCCUCGUUCUCUCCAGCCAUCUCAGUGGGGGAUGCUGUGUCCCUCUGACACACCUGAAGGAGAGGCCUGUGGUUUGGUUAAAAACUUGGCCCUUAUGACACAUAUUACAACUGACAUGGAGGACGGACCUAUUAUUAAGUUAGCUGGUAACCUAGGAGUAGAAGAUGUGAAUUUACUGUGUGGCGAAGAACUCUCUUACCCCAAUGUGUUUCUUGUCUUCCUGAAUGGCAACAUCCUAGGUGUCAUCCGAGACCAUAAAAAGCUUGUCAGUACAUUUCGACUGAUGCGAAGAGCAGGCUACAUCAAUGAAUUUGUUUCUAUCUCUACAAAUCUUACAGACCGCUGUGUUUAUAUUUCCUCUGAUGGAGGACGGUUGUGCAGGCCUUACAUAAUUGUCAAGAGACAAAAGCCAGCAGUCACAAAUAAGCAUAUGGAAGAAUUGGCUCAAGGUUACAGGAACUUUGAAGAUUUCUUACACGAGAGUCUAGUUGAGUACUUAGAUGUGAAUGAAGAAAAUGAUUGUAACAUUGCACUCUACGAGCACACGAUUAAUAAAGAUACCACCCACCUGGAGAUUGAACCCUUCACUCUUCUUGGUGUUUGUGCUGGCCUUAUCCCAUACCCGCAUCAUAACCAGUCUCCAAGGAACACCUACCAGUGUGCCAUGGGCAAGCAAGCCAUGGGUACCAUUGGAUACAACCAGCGAAACAGAAUUGAUACACUUAUGUAUCUACUGGCAUAUCCACAAAAACCCAUGGUUAAAACGAAGACCAUUGAGUUGAUAGAUUUUGAGAAAUUGCCAGCUGGACAGAAUGCAACCGUUGCCGUGAUGAGUUACAGCGGCUAUGACAUCGAAGAUGCGCUUGUCUUGAACAAGGCCUCCCUAGACAGGGGUUUUGGGCGUUGUCUUGUGUAUAAAAAUGCUAAGUGCACAUUGAAGCGAUACACCAAUCAGACUUUUGAUAAGGUGAUGGGUCCCAUGUUGGAUGCUGCUACCAGAAAACCCAUCUGGCGACAUGAAAUCUUAGAUGCAGAUGGCAUUUGUUCUCCAGGUGAGAAAGUAGAAAACAAACAGGUGCUUGUAAACAAGUCCAUGCCCACAGUGACCCAGAUUCCUUUGGAAGGAAGUAGUGUGCCGCAGCAGCCGCAGUACAAAGACGUGCCCAUCACGUACAAAGGCGCAGCAGACUCGUACAUCGAGAAAGUGAUGAUCUCCUCCAACGCCGAGGACGCUUUCCUCAUCAAGAUGCUUCUGAGACAGACGCGGCGGCCAGAGAUCGGAGACAAAUUCAGCAGUCGUCAUGGACAGAAAGGUGUUUGUGGCCUGAUCGUCCCCCAGGAGGACAUGCCGUUCUGCGACUCUGGUAUCUGUCCCGACAUCAUAAUGAACCCGCACGGCUUCCCAUCGAGAAUGACGGUCGGAAAGCUAAUUGAGUUGCUGGCUGGCAAGGCAGGUGUGUUAGACGGCAGGUUCCACUACGGCACGGCCUUUGGAGGGAGUAAAGUAAAGGACGUGUGUGAGGACCUCGUUCGCCAUGGCUAUAACUACCUGGGGAAGGACUAUGUCACCUCAGGCAUCACAGGUGAGCCCUUAGAAGCGUACAUCUACUUUGGACCCGUGUACUAUCAGAAGCUGAAGCACAUGGUGCUGGAUAAGAUGCACGCCCGGGCCCGAGGACCACGCGCCGUGCUCACCAGGCAGCCCACUGAAGGGCGAUCUCGUGAUGGUGGCUUGCGUCUAGGAGAAAUGGAACGUGAUUGUUUAAUCGGCUACGGAGCAAGUAUGCUUUUGCUGGAGAGACUAAUGAUCUCAAGUGAUGCCUUUGAGGUUGACGUCUGUGGGCAGUGUGGACUCCUGGGAUAUUCUGGCUGGUGCCACUACUGCAAGUCGUCCUGCCACGUAUCCUCGCUCCGCAUCCCGUAUGCCUGCAAGCUGCUCUUCCAGGAGUUGCAGUCCAUGAACAUCAUCCCCAGGUUGAAACUGGCCAAGUACAAUGAAUAAGGAUGGGUGCGGUCACUGAGGGACACGGCCAGCAGCCUGCACAGCACGAAGCAGAGGACUCCGAAGGACUUCUGUGAUGGUUUUGCCUCACAAAAAGCUGAGAGGAGGAGCAGCAGCCUCUGAGUUCCAAAAGGCUGACUGGACAGCCUUGACCAAGAGCCUCGAGUCACGGGAGAUGCUGGCCCCACAGACCACAGCCUCGUGCCGAUUCACAGGGGCGCACAAGCUAGAGAGCUUAUGAACUGCUGUUGAUUUUCUUUUGCUUUGAGUUAGAAUCUCACUCUGUAGUCCAGGCUGGAUUUGAGCUUGUCCCAAUCCUCCUGCCUCCAUCUCUCACAAGUGCUGGAUUUACAGGUAUGAGCAAGCGUAUCUGGCUUAUUUAUGUUGUUUUAUUUUAAAAUGUACUGAUUUAGAAAAACCUUCCUUACAAUUCCCCAUGACAUCUUCUGGUUAACAGAACUCUGGUUUCUCGUCAGAUGUGCAGGAGGUAAAGAAUUGUUUGAAUUGGGACUAGGAAGUUAGCUGUCAGUAAAGUAUCUGUUGACGCAAACAUGAAGCCCUGAGGUCAUCCCCAGCGACCCACGUAAGAGCUGGACAUGCAUCUAGCACCCGUGUAGGUCUGCUGCUGUGGAGGUGGGGUCAGGAGCAGCCAGGAGCAGCCAGGGGCAGCCAGGGGCAGCCAGGCAGGUCCUGAGCUUGCAGCUAGUGUAGCCGGUCAGGUUCAGUGACAGACCCUGGCUUAAGAACUGAAGCGGAGAGUGAUGAGGAAGACUCCCCGUGUCCACCUCAGACCCCCCCACACGCGCGAAUAGUUAGAUUUGUUGGAAGAAGUAAACUGACACCCGGAGGGUGUCAGGUGACACAUGGGCUCUCUGGGGCGUGGUUACAUCAAGUCUCACACACGAGACUUGAGUCUUGGUGGGAUGUGAUCAGUGCAGCCCGCCUUGUAAGCAUGUCCUUCCUUAAAUACCAGAUGGCAGUUAUUUUGAACCUCCAAAAUACCUGGGUACAGUGUGUGGACACGUGGUCAUCCCUGUCCCUUCCGUUCCUACCAGGAUGUUAAUUGUCCAGUCUCUCAACUGUUGUACCCCGAAGCCCGAUAAAUAUUUGUACUAAGGAUUAUUUAUUUUAAAAAACAGAAGAGUCCAAGAAUCGUUGAGUAACGAAUGGUCCAGGCUCUGUUCUCGGCGUCGUGCCGCAGUGAGAUGCUCCUGAGAAUACUGACAGGUGUGUGCACUGGUAGAGGUCAGAUCCAGUGUGAGAAAGAGGCUGAGGGGCCCCAGGGCUUUUCAGACCACCGCUCACCCCAGGCUACGGCAGGUGGCCCAAGGGACCAAACUAGGCACUGACCUGAAGACUCACCCAUCUUGUGUUCCUCACAAUAAAGACGUGGAAGUCGGAACAACUGCUCAGUCCAAGCAGAGGAGGCUGUGA